AUGGAUAAUUGGAAUGUGCAUGCAGUUGGGAUUGCUGAGAUGAGCUGCUGUGCGUUGUGGAACGCGAUUGCUGCUGGAGUCUCAGCUAUACACAUCACGGCACCGCUAAACCAAACCUACGACUACAUCAUCGUUGGAGGAGGAACAUCCGGCCUCACAGUCGCAAACAGACUAACAGAGAACGGAAAGCACACCGUCCUCGUAAUCGAAUACGGCAACCUCGUCAACGACCCCAGCAUCCUCGUCCUAGCCAACACCCUAAGCUUCGUCCCAACCCCCGAGCGCUACUUCAACUUCACACCCGUCCCCAAUGCUGGCCUCAACAAUGACACCACGAGCCCGCUCGCAGCUGCCAUAGUUGGCGGAAGUAGUGCUGUAAAAGGCAUGUUCUUUGACCGCGGCAGCGCUGCCGACUACGAUGCGUGGGAGACCCUCGGCAACAAAGGCUGGGGCUUUAGAAACCUACUUCCUUACUUCAAGAAAUCUGUGACCUUCAUGCCGCCGAGUGAAGAAGUGGCGAAGAAGUAUAACUACAAGUGGGAUGUAGACGCGGCGUAUGGUGGACAUGGUGAGAUACAAGUCUCCUUCCCGCCGUACCAGUUCCCCGGUCAAAACCGCUUGUGGAAUGCGUGGAGGGAGAUUGGUGUGGAGAAGCCGAAGGAAGCUGCUGAUGGGGAUGCGAUUGGUAGUAUUAUGGCGCCGAGUGCGAUGGAUCCGGUGAUGAGGACGAGGAGUUAUGCACGGACGGCGCAUUAUGAACCGUUUGCGAAAAGGGUGAAUUAUCAUCCCUUGACGGGAUAUCGGGCUACGGAGGUUUUGUUCAAGGAAGGUGGUGAGUUGGAGGCUGAGGGAGUGAGUAUGGUUAAGGUGGGAGGCACGGAGAAGAGUGUUGUGAAAGCGAGGAACGAGGUCAUCGUUGCGGCAGCUGGAGCCUUAACAACCAACCAGACCUUUUAUGCCGAAGCCGAGAAAGAGUACACACAAUCGCGUGAAGGCCCUCUCACAACAUCGCGAGGAAACCAGGCGGCUUUCUUACCCCUCAAGACCGUCGAUCCAGAAGGUUGGCAAACGCUUGUCGAUGCCGUCACGGCUCAAGACCCGACUCCCUAUCUCCCAGCUCAAUACGAUGAAACGCUCAUCGCAGGCGCUAAAAUCAUACACAAUAUGACCGCAGAAUAUCUCGCACGCGACGACGCUGCAGCGUUUGAGUUUACCUUUGCAGAAGGACCCAUAGGAAGCGCUGCGAUAAUGCGUCCAUUGAGUCGCGGCACCAUAAACAUUAACCCAGCUGGUCCUGCAUUAGGCCCACUGGUUGACUGGCGGACCUUCUCAAACCCCCUAGACAUCAAAUUCGCCGUGCAAGUGGUGCGCUUUUCGCGACGCUUCAACACGCUAUCUUCUUUCGCUGGUCUCGGCGCUGUUGAACUCUCGCCUGGAUCCAAUGUUACAAGCAAUGCUGCGAUCAAAAGGUAUUUGCGCAGCACGAUGGAUCCGACCUUUGCUCAUAUGGCUGGCACAGCGUCGAUGCUUCCAGAAGAACUUGGUGGUGUGGUGGGAACGGAUUUGAGGGUUUAUGGCGUUGGGAAGCUGAGUGUGGUCGAUGCGAGUAUUGUUCCGUAUUUGCCAGCCACGCAUCUUUGUACGACGGUUUAUGCUAUCGCGGAGAAGGCGGCGGAUGCUAUUAAGGCGAGUACGGGGUGGGAUGAGUAG